UUAAAUAGCUUUCUGACACAAGGAAGUCAUAGUACUACGCUACAUAAAACCCAUGAGUUUUUAACAAACGAUUGGCAGAUAAACUUCUGAAGCGAAUUGUCACAGUUCAAGAGUAGAAUAAGGUAUUUUAUUUUAUUUUAUUUUAACUUAUGGAUAACAAAGACAAAGGAAAGGGUGUUCUUGAUCCCGAAGCGCCUGAAGAAGGCCCUUCGGCGCUCCCUUCUGGUCUGUUGGACACAGUGUCUGGCUAUGAAGGGACGCCGUCAGAUGGAGUUGGUGAAGAUAAGAUAUAUCCUCCUCCCUCUGACAGGUUGCCAAAGCCAGCAAAUGAUCAGAAUGCAUCUGUCCCUCAUGUCAGGCUUCCCACAGUGUCUGAAGACACAGCCAGAGCAGCCCUCCUGGAGUAUGUUGGCAGAAAAUGGAAUUACAGAAGUAAACCAGCAAAGGAACUUGUCUUUCGAGAUCUAACGCCUUUCACUACAUACAGGUAUCGCUUGGAAACAUUUACAGAAUCUAGAGGAACUGCCUGGGCCUUUGAACCUUAUACUAAUCAGCUUGUAGAUGGACCUCAGUAUGGCGAUCCUCCCCCACCCUGGGAUGUUAUGGUUGAGGUUCCUCCCAUGUACAUUGAUUCUUGCCAGAAAGUCAGGGUGCCUCACACCUCAUUUGUCAAGGUGUGCCACCGUUGCCAUGGGAAAGGCCAUGUCCAAUGCAGUCAAUGUAAUGGAUGGGGUAAGACACAGUGCUCUUUUUGUUUUGGAUCGGGGCAUAGAAGUGGAGAAUCUUGUACAUUUUGUCAUGGAUCAGGACAAAGCAGGUGUUUUCACUGUUCAGGACGAGGUACUAAAACAUGUGACAUUUGCAAAGGACACAGAAAUCUCAUGCACUUCAUUCAGUUGAUAGUAACCUGGAAAAACCAGAUUUAUCAACAUGUACCUGAUCGAUGCCCUGAUUUUCCAGUGAAACUAUUUGAAAAAGUCAAUGGAGAUAAAUUUUUUGUUGAUGAAAGUGCUCUGGUUUAUCCGAUAGUGGGUUUUCCCGAAAAAGAAAUUUGCGACGCGUCCAAGAGAGGUAAUGAUGAACACAUGGCCAGGUUCUCAGGAAGCAUGCAUAUCCUUCAGCAACGCCAAACCAUUGAGUUGAUUCCUCUGACUCAGGCUUUUUAUGAAUAUAAAGAACAGGCAUACAAUUACUUUGUGUAUGGUAUUGAGAACAAGGUACAUGCACCAAAAUACCCAUCCAGCUGCAGUAUCCUGUGAAGUGUAGGAUAUGUGCCUGUGACAGGGUAGCCCCCAACCCCGCCCCUGGGGAGGGGAGGGGAGGG